UAUUUCCGUUAGGUCCCUACGUUAUUUACUCCCGCAACCAGUUUUCUCAUGUUUGGUCGUGGGUGCGAGGAAUACGAUUUCUGCACGGUCCUGAUUGAAACAGUCAAGACCAACGCUGUUCCCGUACAAAGUAGAAGAAUCGUGUGCCAACACUGUUGUAAUGUUAAAUGUUUACAUGUAAUUGAAAUUUUGCCCCUUUGUUUACAAACAAUCAGUUUUACCAACAAACGCAUUUAAUCACUCGAGUAAUGAAGUGAUAAAAUGUCUUCUGCUUGGGGAACAGUUUCUACGCUAUCAAAGAAGAAAUUCGUACGUUAUGGUGUACCUUUUAUGGUUAUGGUAGUAGGUGGCUCAUUUGUGCUUAAAGAAUUCGCUCAACUCAGGUACACAUUUUCCAAGAAGCAGAAGCUUACUCGUAAAGAUAUGGAAGAACUUGGAUUGGAAAUUAAGGAAAAACAAGCAGUGAGCUUGGAAACAGCUUAUGAAGAAAUUAAGAAGGUGUAUUUGGAUAUCAUACUUUGUGUCAUUUUGUUAUGUACCAGUAAAUAUUUUAACAUACUUUUUCUUCACCAGAUGGAUAUAGAUAAUUGGCACAAUAUAAGAGGCCCUCGUCCUUGGGAGGAACCGGCUCCUGAAUUAGUCGCAAUGAGGAACAAGAGUAAAUCCUAAAACCAUUAUUACUUUUGUCACCAAGCACUCAAAAGUUUGGGCUGUGAUAACUACCUUAUAUUUAAUGUUGCUCUGUAGAAUAUUUAUAGUUUUCAUUUAUAUUGUACAAUUUUUAUUUUGAAAAUAGAAUACCUUGUUUCCCAGAACGUGUAAUGCAUUUUUUCCCUUUCAAUAGAUCGUAAGUUCCAAAAGGUUUUCAAAAUUUAAUACGAAGAUGUGAAUAAAAAUGGCGCUUUAUUUGUGAAGGUAUUGUACAGCUCAGAAAAUGAACAAAAUGUAAAUAAAUAAAGCUCAAGUUCUAAACUCGUCUUUGGGUGUGUUAAAUAAUGACGAGCUAUACAUGCACCAUAUUUUAAAGUUCAUAUUUUAUUCUCGCAACAAAAUUCUGUUUUAACAAUGAGAAAAUGGCAUACAUUAUUGUGAAGCCUCUUCAAAUUUUUAUCCUUAUACUUAAUUGGAAUAAUCAUAAUUACAAUUUUCACAAUCUAACCAGAGAAAGUAGACUAUUGUUUACUUGCAACCUGUGGUCGAGUUAACGUCACAGCACUGAAACAUGGGCCUUACAUUUAAAAUGUGUCAUUGGGCACACACAGCGAACAGUUCCUUAUUUUGAAUUCUUCUUUUUUCCUUUUUUUGCAAAAUUCCAACUGUAUAUAUAGAAUAUAAUUUUAUGUACAAAAAAUACCUAGAGGUUGUUCUAACCUCAUUAAAGACUUACUGUAGUUGGGAAAUUACAAGUUCAAAUAGCAAAAAAAGAGGAAAAGAAAAAACAUUAAUGCAAUAUGUAGUAUGAGAUAUUUCAUUUACAUGUUAGUAAAUAGAUCUUCAAAAACAGAAGCAAGAAUGUCAUUGUUAAUGACAAGGAAACAAAACAGCAUAAACAUCUAUGCAAAAAUAUAUAUACAAUAUAAUAUUGACACCUGCAACACUUUGACUCAAGCACUCCAUAAUAGAACUAUGAUAAUAGUUACCCAUUUUGUUUAAUAAUUACCAUUGUAUAAGAUAACUUUUCAAACAUUCAUAGUAACAAUCUACAUUCAACUUAAGUCUCUCUUCAAGUCCUGUUUACACCAUACCAAUACAAAUAUAACUAAAUCAGGCUAUACAUUUCUGUAUAAUCACCAUUACCUCCGAGACAAAACUACAACAGUUGCGUUUUGCCUUGAGAGAUGCUGCAAAAAUGUGUUAGAGAUCAAUCAAUACAUGUGCUUCUCACUUUCAUAUUUUAUCUAUGUGAUGCAACUGGUGCAGUGUGAAUUACACAUACCAUGCCAACAAUCUUACAAGAACACAAUAUAUUAGUUUGGUGUAAACAAUACAAGACUUUUUAACCAAACAUGUUAAAUCACUUUCAUAACAUUAACACAUCAUAAUAGCUGCUGAAAACUUCAACCAGUUUGCACAACAGAAUCUUCCAUUUUGGCAUCACAUGAAUCUUCAUCAAAAUCAUCCCAUUCUUUUACAAGGUCUGCCAUUUCAACUGUUGGCAUUCUCCUUACAGGCAUG